AUGACUGAGCACGAAUCAGUCCCUGGACGGGGCUGGCGUUUCUGGGCCAUUUUCUUCUCCAUUACAGUGGCAACAUUCACGACAGCGUUGGAUACGACUGCAGUAUCUACGGCCCUUCCUACGAUAACAAACGAUCUCCAUGGUAGCCAGUUCAUCUGGAUUGGUUCUGCAUAUACGAUGUCCUCCACCGCGUUUCUUCCCAUGAGUGGGGGCCUGGCGCAGGUCUUCGGGCGCCGUCCGACCAUGCUGGGAUCCAUGGUAUUUUUCUUGGUCGGCAGCGCACUCUGUGGAGCUGCCACCUCAAUGAACUUCCUAAUCGCAGGACGAACCGUGCAAGGUGUGGGUGCCGGUGGUAUCACGGCUCUUACGCAGAUCAUCCUGUCCGACCUGGUUCCGCUUCGAACUCGUGGCACAUUCAACGGGUUGAUUGGCAUAGCCUGGUCUGUUGCUUCCUGCUCUGGUCCUGUCAUCGGUGGAGCCUUUGCUGAAAACGGCAAAUGGAGAUGGCUGUUCUACCUCAACCUCUUCGUCACCGGCUUAGCUGGAGUCCUCGUACUCACCUUCCUGAAACUAAAGACGCCAAGCGGAACAAUAGGACAGAAGCUCUCGAAAAUGGAUUGGAUCGGCAACGCCUUGGUCAUUCCUGCUUCGACCUCGCUCAUGAUUGCACUCACCUGGGGUGGAGUACAGUAUCCGUGGUCCUCACCGCGAGUGUUAGUGCCUCUGGUCCUUGGAAUUGUCGGUCUCGGUGUCUUCCUGCUCUAUGAGGCCAUGCUUGCAAAGCAUCCCAUUGUUCCAUUCUCCCUCAUGUCCACACGUACAGGUCUUAGCGGAUAUGUGCAGGCUUUCAUUCUUGCACUUUGCUUGACAGGUGUCGUCUAUUACUUCCCAAUCUACUUCCAAGCAUGCAAAAGUGCCGGUCCCAUCGCGUCCGGUGUAGACUCGCUGGGCUUCACCUCAUGCGCGCUCUUGAGCAUUAUCGGUGGAGUGAGUGUAGCCGCGACCAAGCGGUACAGGCCUCAAAUCUGGCUCGGCUGGGCCAUCGUCCUCGUCUCAUUUGGCCUCAUGAGCACGCUCAAGGAUGACACGAACCUUGGCAAGUCUAUCGGAUACGUUAUCCUGGUCGGUGCCGGCAUAGGUCUCGUCAUCACAACAACGUAUUUCCCAGUCCUGGCGCCGCUGCCAGUGUCUGCAAACGCAUACGCAUUGGCGUUAUACGCGUUCGCUCGUUCGUUCGGCCAGGUCUGGGGUGUCACCAUUGGCGGAACGGUACUGCAAAACCAGCUGCUGAAGCACCUUCCUGAAGGCUUCUCGAGCCAGUUCCCGCAGGGCGCGCAGAUCGCGUACUCCAUCAUCCCCAUCAUCGGGAAGCUGCCGCCCAGCCUCAGCGGCGAAGUGCGCGCUGCGUUUGCGACAAGCCUGAAGGUCGUGUGGGAGGUGAUGAUCGGGAUCGGCGGGCUCGGGAUCCUCGCGAGCCUUCUCAUGAAGCAUCUGCCGCUGCACACGUACACGGACGACGAAUGGGGUGUCGAUAGCACGUCCGAUGCCACGGCGCAGGCCAAGGCGGUUGACAGCCAGGAAAGCGAGCCCAAGAUGGAGAAAAACACAGAGAGUGGGGAGGUGCAGGUGCUAGACGAGGGCACCUCUGCUGAUGUCGAAACGGGUGAAGUUACAGCAGACGGUGCGGCUGCGAGUGCGGUCGUGGAGACUGCAUAG